GACUGGAUCAAGAUUGGAGAUCUGACUUUCAGAAACUGUCAUCUUUUUGUAAACCUUCAAUCAAAAGGCUUAAAAGGGGGAGGUCGGUUUGGUCAAACAACCCCCCCGCUUGUUGAUUUUCUCAAGGACAUUUUAAGAAGAUAUCCGGAAGGAGGACAGAUCCUUAAGGAAUUAAUUCAGAACGCAGAAGAUGCAGGGGCCACAGAAGUUAAAUUUUUAUACGAUGAAACUCAGUAUGGAACGGAGACUCUUUGGUCAAAAGAUAUGGCACAAUAUCAGGGGCCGGCUCUCUACGUGUACAACAAUGCAGUCUUCACCCCCGAGGACUGGCAUGGCAUUCAGGAGAUCGCAAGGAGCAGGAAGAAGGACGACCCUCUGAAGGUGGGAAGAUUCGGGAUCGGGUUUAAUUCUGUCUACCAUAUAACAGAUGUUCCCUGUAUCUUUAGUGGUGACCAGAUUGGGAUGUUAGAUCCUCAUCAAACGCUUUUUGGUCCCCACGAAUCAGGCCAGUGUUGGAAUCUCAAAGAUGACAGCAAAGAAAUGAGUGAACUUUCAGACCAGUUUGCGCCAUUUAUCGGCAUUUUUGGAAGCACCAAGGAAACGUUUGUAAAUGCCAAUUUUCCGGGAACAUUUUUCCGUUUCCCCCUUCGCCUCCAGCCUUCACAGCUUAGCAGUAACCUGUACAAUAAGCAGAAGGUUCUCGAGCUGUUCGACUCUUUCAGGGCAGACGCAGACACGGUGCUGCUCUUCCUGAAAAGCGUGCAGGACGUCUCCUUACACGUCCGAGAGGCCGACGGAACCGAGAAACUGGUGUUCAGAGUGACUGCGAGCGAGACUCAGGCCCUGAGACACGAGCGGCCGAAUUCUGUGAAGAUCCUGGAGACUGCCAUAAGCAACUAUUGUAAGAAGGUCCCAAGCAACAGCAUCACCUGUGUCACGUAUCAUAUAAAUAUAGUUGUAGAAGAUGAGGAUAGGAAGGACGCCCAGAAAACAUCGUGGCUGGUGUGUAACAGUGUGGGCGGGCGAGGGAUCAGCGGGAAGCUUGAUUCUUUAGCCGACGAAUUGAAGUUUGUCCCCAUCAUUGGAAUAGCCAUGUCUUUAUCGAGAGACGGUGACGAAGAAGGAGCCACAGCUGAUCUCUCAGGAAAAGCCUUCUGUUUUCUUCCUUUACCGCCGGGUGAGGAGAGCAAAACGGGCCUCCCUGUUCACAUCAGCGGGUUCUUUGGCCUGACCGACAAUCGCCGAAGCAUCAAGUGGCGGGAGCUGGACCAGUGGAGAGACCCGGCGGCCUUGUGGAACGAGUUUCUGGUCGUGGACGUCAUCCCCAAAGCCUACGCGACUCUCAUCCUAGAUUCCAUCAAGCGCCUGGAGACGGAGAGGAGCGCCGAUUUCCCCCUGUCGGCGGACCUCAUCUACAGGCUUUGGCCCGACGCCGGCAAGGUCAAGGUGCACUGGCAGCCCGUGUUAGAGCCUCUGUUCAACGAGCUGUUCCAGAACGCGGUCUUGUACUCCGCGAGCAACCAGUGGGUCCGGCUGGAGCAGGCGUACUUCUCAGAGCUGGACGAGAGUGCGGAGUGCACCGCCGCCGUGCUCAACUACCUCCAGAGCUCAGGGAAGCACAUCGUCAAGGUCCCGGCCAACCUGGCGGCCGCCGUGCAGCUGGCCGCCUCCCCCGCGAAGCCGGUGCGCAAGGUGACGCCCGCGUGGGUGCGGCAGGUGCUGCGGAAGAGCGCGCCCGCGGGCGGGGCCCGGGAGAAGCUCCACCUCCUGGAGUUCGUGCUCUCCGACCAGGCCUACAGCGAGCUGCUGGGGCUGGAGCUGCUGCCCGUGCAGAACGGGAACUUUGUGCCCUUCUCGUCAUCUGUAUCAGAUCAAGAUGUUAUUUACAUUACCUCAGAGGACUAUCCCAGGUACGGCCCCGCCCCUGCCCGCCUCGACUCCCAGACCCCUUUAGUGGGAAUCCACCUGUCGGCUGCGCAAACACGGGGAAGACCGUGUACCCAGCUGCAGCUUCUAAAUCCAGAACGAUUUGCACGUCUUAUCAAAGAAGUAAUGAAUACAUUCUGGCCUGGCCGAGAGUUGAUUGUUCAGUGGUAUCCAUCUGAUGAAGACAAAAAUCACCCAUCUGUUUCUUGGCUUAAAAUGGUUUGGAAGAAUCUCUAUAUACAUUUUUCAGAGGAUUUGACUCUAUUUGAUGAGAUGCCACUUAUCCCCAGAACUACGCUAGAAGAUGGUCAGGCGUGCGUGGAGCUCAUUAGACUCAGGACUCCAUCGUUAGUCAUUUUAGAUGAUGAAUCCGAAGCACAGCUUCCUGAAUUUUUAGCAGAUAUCGUACAGAAACUUGGAGGGAUUGUCCUUAAGAAAUUAGAUGCCUCCAUACAGCAUCCACUUGUUAAAAAAUACAUCCACUCGCCGUUACCAAGUGCUGUGCUGCAGAUAAUGGAGAAGAUGCCGCUGCAGAAAUUGUGUAAUCAGAUAGCUUCGCUACUUCCCACGCACAAAGAUGCCCUGAGGAAGUUUUUAGCUACCUUAACUGAUAGCAGUGAAAAAGAGAAAAGAAUAAUUCAGGAGUUGCCAAUAUUCAAGCGGAUUAACCACUUGUCUGGUCAGGGCAUUUCCUCAUAUACAAAACUAAAAGGCUGUAAGGUCUUGCACCAUACCGCCAAGCUUCCACCAGAUCUGCGACUCUCUCUCUCAGUCAUAGACAGUAGUGACGAAGCUACCAUUCGCUUGGCAAACAUGUUGAAGAUAGAGAAGUUAAAGACCACCAGUUGCUUCAAGCUCAUCUUAAAAGAUAUUGAAAAUGAAUUUUAUUCACAUGAUGAGUUGACACGCCUUAUGUUAUGGACCCUUGAGAAUCUGUCCUCCCUUAAAAACGAGAAUCCGAAUGUGCUUGAUUGGUUAAGGCCAUUAAAAUUCAUUCAGAUUUCGCAGGAUCGGAUGGUGUCAGCCGGCGAACUCUUUGAUCCUGAUCUAGAAGUACUAAAGGAUCUCUUUUAUAGUGAAGAAGAAACCUGUUUCCCACCCGCAGCUUUUACCUCACCAGAUAUCCUGCACUCUUUAAGACAGAUUGGUUUAAAAAACGAAGCCAGCCUCGAAGAAGCUGAUGUUGUGCAAGUGGCAAAAAAAAUCGAAGCCUUACAGGUCAGUUCUUGUCCAAAUCAGGAGGUUCUUGUAAAGAAAGCCAAAACACUCUUACUUGUUUUAAACAAGAAUCAUACGCUGUUGCAGUCAUCUGAAGGAAAGAUGACCCUGAAGAAAAUAAAGUGGGUCCCAGCUUGCAAGGAAAGGCCACCAAACUAUCCAGGCUCGUUAGUCUGGAAGGGAGAUGUCUGCGACCUUUGUGCCCCACCAGACAUGUGUGAUGUAGCCCAUGCAAUCCUGGUUGGCUCGUCACUUCCUCUUGUUGAGAGCGUCCAUGUGAACUUGGAAAAAGCUUUGGGCAUCUUCACAGAACCUAGCAUCAGUGCGGUCUUAAAACACUUUAAAAUUGUUGUUGAUUGGUAUACUUCGAAAACCUUUAGUGAUGAGGACUACUAUCAGUUUCAACAUAUUUUGCUGGAAAUUUACGGCUUCAUGCAUGAUCAUUUAAAUGAAGGGAAGGAUGCUUUCAGGGCCUUAAGAUUUCCGUGGGUUUGGACUGGCAAGAAAUUUUGUCCCCUCGCCCAGGCUGUGAUAAAACCAUUCCAUGAUCUUGAUCUUCAGCCCUAUUUGCACGGUGUGCCUAAAACCAUGGCAAAAUUCCACCAACUGUUUAAGGUCUGUGGUUCAAUAGAGGAGUUGACGUCGGAUCAUAUUUCCGUAGUUAUUCAGAAGGUAUAUCUCAAAAGUGACCAAGAUCUCAGCGAUCAGGAAAGCAAGCAAAAUCUCCAUCUUAUGUUGAAUAUCAUCAGGUGGCUGUAUAGCAAUCAGAUUCCAGCCAGUCCCAACACACCAGUUCCUAUACAUCACAGCAAAAACCCUUCUAAACUUGUCAUGAAGCCAAUUCAUGAAUGCUGUUACUGUGACAUCAAAGUUGAUGACCUCAAUGAUCUACUGGAAGAUUCGGUGGAGCCAAUCAUUCUGGUACACGAGGACAUACCCAUGAAGACUGCAGAAUGGUUGAAAGUUCCAUGCCUCAGCACAAGACUGAUCAAUCCUGAGAACAUGGGAUUUGAGCAGUCAGGUCAGAGAGAACCGCUUACUGUAAGAAUUAAAAAUAUUCUGGAAGAAUACCCAUCAGUGUCAGAUAUUUUUAAAGAACUGCUCCAAAAUGCCGAUGACGCAAAUGCAACAGAAUGCAGUUUCAUGAUUGAUAUGCGAAGAAAUAUGGACAUUCGAGAGAAUCUUCUAGACCCGGGGAUGGCGGCUUGCCACGGACCUGCUCUGUGGUCAUUCAAUAAUUCUCAAUUCUCCGAUUCAGAUUUUGUGAACAUAACUAGGUUAGGAGAAUCUUUAAAGAGGGAAGAGGUUGACAAAGUUGGAAAAUUUGGUCUGGGAUUUAAUUCCGUGUACCAUAUCACCGACAUUCCCAUCAUUAUGAGUCGAGAAUUCAUGAUAAUGUUCGAUCCGAACAUAAACCACAUCAGUAAGCACAUUAAAGACAAAUCUAAUCCUGGGAUCAAGAUUAAUUGGAGUAAACAGCAGAAAAGACUUCGGAAAUUUCCCAAUCAGUUCAAACCAUUUAUAGACGUAUUUGGCUGUCGGUUACCUCUGACCGUAGAAGCCCCUUACAGCUACGAUGGAACUCUUUUCCGACUGUCCUUUAGAACGCAACAGGAAGCCAAAGUGAGUGAAGUUAGUAGUACUUGCUACAAUACGGCAGAUAUUUACUCUCUUGUGGAUGAAUUUAGUCUCUGUGGUCACAGGCUUAUCAUUUUCACUCAGAGUGUGAACUCCAUGUAUUUGAAGUACUUGAAAAUCGAGGAGAGCAAUCCCAGCUUGGCGCAAGAUACGGUGAUCAUUAAGAAAAGCCCCUGCUCUUCCAAAGCAGUGAGUGCCCCUGUCUUAAGUGUUUUAAAAGAAGCUUCUAGGCUCAUGAAGAGUUGCAGCAGCAGUAAUAAAAAGCUUCCUGCCGAUGCCCCCAAGUCGUCUUGCAUUCUUCAGGUCACAGUUGAAGAAUUUCACCAUGUGUUCAGGAGGAUUGCUGAUCUGCAGUCACCGCUUUUCAGAGGUCCAGAGGAUGACCUAACGGCUCUCUUCGAGAUGGCUAAGUCUGGCCAGUCGAAAAAGCCGUCAGAUGAGUUGCCUCAAAAAACAGUAGAGUGUACCACAUGGUUGAUAUGCACCUGCAUGGACACAGGAGAGGCUCUAAAGUUUUCCCUGAAUGAAAGUGGGCGAAGACUAGGGCUGGUUCCCUGUGGGGCCGUGGGGGUUCUGCUGUCCGAAAUCCAGGACCAGAAGUGGGCUGUGAAGCCACACGUGGGAGAAGUGUUUUGCUAUUUACCCUUACGAAUAAAAACAGGGUUGCCGGUUCACAUCAAUGGGUGUUUCGCUGUUACUUCAAACAGAAAAGAAAUCUGGAAGACAGACACGAAAGGACGAUGGAAUGCCACCUUCAUGAGGCAUGUUAUUGUGCGGGCUUACUUGGAGGCCCUCAGCGUCCUACGCGACCUGGCUAUUAAUGGGGAGCUAAUGGAUUAUACUUACUACUCGGUGUGGCCCGAUCCUGAAUUAGUCCAUGAUGAUUUUUCUGUCAUUUGCCAAGGAUUUUAUGAAGAUAUAGCUCAUGGAAAAGGGAAAGAACUGACCAAAGUCUUCUCUGACGGAUCUACGUGGGUUUCCAUGAAGAACGUGAGAUUUCUGGAUGACUCUAUACUUAAAAGAAAAGAUGUUGGCCCAGCAGCCUUCAAGAUAUUUUUGAAAUACCUCAAGAAGACCGGGUCAAGGAACCUCUGUGCUGUUGAACUUCCUUCUUCAGUAAAAGCAGGAUUUGAAGAAGCUGGCUGCAAACAGAUACUGCUUGAAAAUACCUUUUCAGAGAAGCAGUUUUUUUCUGAAGUGUUUUUCCCAAAUAUCCAAGAAAUCGAAGCAGAGCUCAGAGAUCCUUUAAUGAACUUUGUUCUAAAUGAGAAAAUUGAUGAGUUCUCAGGAAUUCUUCGUGUUACCCCAUGUAUCCCUUGCUCUUUGCAGGGGCAUCCUCUGGUUUUGCCAUCAAGGCUAAUCCACCCUGAAGGACGCGUCGCCAAGUUGUUUGAUACUAAAGAUGGACGCUUUCCUUAUGGCUCCACUCAGGAUUAUCUUAAUCCUAUUAUUCUGAUUAAGCUGGUUCAGUUAGGUAUGGCCAAAGAUGACAUUCUGUGGGACGACAUGCUAGAACGUGCACAGUCAGUGGCUGAAAUUAAUAAAAGCGAUCAUGCUGCUGCUUGUCUGAGAAGUAGCAUCCUGUUAAGUCUCAUUGAUGAAAAGCUGAAAAUCAGAGAUCCUAGGGCAAAGGAUUUUGCUGCAAAAUAUCAAACAAUCCCCUUCCUUCCAUUUCUGACAAAGCCGGCAGGAUUUUCUUUGGACUGGAAAGGUAACAGUUUUAAGCCCGAAACCAUGUUUGCAGCAACUGAUCUCUACACGGCUGAGCACCAAGAUAUAGUUUGUCUCCUGCAACCAAUUCUAAAUGAAAACUCACAUUCCUUCAGGGGGUGUGGUUCGGUGUCACUGGCUGUUAAGGAGUUUUUGGGAUUACUGAGGAAGCCGACAGUUGAUCUGGUUGUGAACCAGCUGAAAGAAGUUGCAAAGUCAGUUGACGAUGGGAUAACAUUGUACCAGGAGAACAUCACCAAUGCUUGCUACAAAUACCUUCAUGAUGCAAUGAUGCAAAAUGAGGUCACUAAGAUGUCAAUUGUUGAAAAGCUAAAGCCCUUUAGCUUCAUUCUAGUUGAGAAUGCAUAUGUUGACUCAGAAAAAGUGUCUUUUCACUUGAAUUUCGAGGCAGCACCCUACCUUUAUCAGCUGCCUAAUAAAUACAAAAACAAUUUCCGUGAGCUUUUCGAAAGUGUGGGCGUGCGGCAGUCAUUUACUGUUGAGGACUUUGCCCUUGUUUUGGAAUCUAUUGAUCAGGAGAAAGGAACAAAGCAAAUAACAGAAGAGAAUUUUCAGCUUUGCCGGCGAAUAAUUAGUGAAGGAAUAUGGAGUCUCAUUAGAGAAAAGAAACAAGAAUUUUGUGAGAAAAAUUAUGGCAAAAUAUUACUGCCAGAUACUAAUCUUAAGCUUCUCCCUGCUAAAUCUUUAUGCUACAACGAUUGUCCCUGGAUAAAAGUUAAGGACACCACCGUGAAAUACUGUCAUGCUGAUAUACCCAGGGAAGUAGCUGUGAAACUAGGAGCGGUCCCAAAGCGACACAAAGCCUUGGAGAGGUACGCCUCCAACAUCUGUUUCACGACACUUGGCACGGAAUUUGGGCAGAAAGAGAAGCUGACCAGCAGAAUCAAGAGUAUCCUUAAUGCCUAUCCUUCAGAAAAGGAAAUGUUGAAAGAACUUCUUCAGAAUGCCGAUGAUGCAAAGGCCACAGAAAUCUGUUUUGUGUUUGAUCCUAGACAGCAUCCAGUUGACAGAAUAUUUGAUGAUAAGUGGGCCCCCCUGCAAGGGCCAGCGCUCUGUGUGUACAACAACCAACCUUUCACGGAGGAUGACGUCAGGGGAAUUCAGAACCUUGGAAAAGGCACCAAAGAAGGAAAUCCCUGUAAAACUGGGCAGUACGGAAUAGGAUUCAAUUCUGUGUAUCAUAUUACCGACUGCCCUUCUUUCAUUUCUGGCAAUGACAUCCUGUGUAUCUUUGAUCCUCAUGCCAGAUACGCACCAGGAGCCACAUCCGUUAGUCCUGGACGCAUGUUUAGAGAUUUGGAUGCAGAUUUUAGGACACAGUUCUCAGAUGUCCUGGAUCUUUACUUGGGAACCCACUUUAAAUUGGAUAAUUGCACAAUGUUUAGAUUUCCUCUUCGUAACGCAGAAAUGGCAAAAGUUUCGGAAAUUUCUUCAGUUCCGUCAUCAGACAGAAUGGUCCAGAACCUUUUGGACAAAUUGCGGUCAGAUGGGGCAGAACUUUUAAUGUUUCUUAAUCACAUGGAAAAGAUUUCUAUUUGUGAAAUAGACAAAGGUACUGGAGCCCUGAAUGUGCUGUAUUCUGUAAAGGGCAAAAUCACCGACGGGGACAGACUGAAAAGGAAACAGUUUCACGCAUCUGUAAUCGAUAGUGUUACGAAAAAGAGACAGCUCAAAGACAUACCAGUCCAACAGAUAACCUAUACUAUGGAUACUGAAGACUCCGAAGGAAAUCUUACUACGUGGCUAAUUUGUAAUAGGUCGGGUUUUUCAAGUAUGGAAAAAGUGUCUAAGAGCGUUAUAUCGGCUCACAAGAACCAAGAUAUUACUCUCUUUCCACGUGGCGGAGUAGCUGCCUGCAUUACUCACAACUACAAAAAACCCCACAGGGCCUUCUGUUUCUUGCCCCUCUCUUUAGAGACGGGAUUGCCGUUCCACGUGAACGGCCAUUUUGCUCUAGAUUCAGCCAGAAGAAAUCUGUGGCGGGACGAUAAUGGAGUUGGUGUUCGCAGUGACUGGAAUAACAGUUUAAUGACAGCAUUAAUAGCUCCUGCAUAUGUUGAAUUGCUAAUCCAGCUAAAAAAGCGCUAUUUCCCUGGUUCUGACCCAACACUGUCGGUUUUGCAGAACACACCGAUUCAUGUGGUGAAGGAUACUUUAAAGAAGUUUUUAUCGUUUUUCCCAGUUAACAGGCUUGACCUACAACCAGAUUUAUAUUGUCUAGUGAAAGCACUUUACAGCUGCAUUCACGAAGACAUGAAACGCCUUUUACCUGUUGUACGGGCUCCAAAUAUCGAUGGCUCGGAUUUACACUCUGCGGUUAUAAUUACUUGGAUUAAUAUGUCUACUUCAAAUAAAACCAGACCGUUUUUUGACAACUUACUGCAGGAUGAAUUGCAACACCUGAAGAAUGCAGAUUAUAACAUCACGACCCGCAAGACGGUGGCAGAGAAUGUCUAUAGACUGAAACACCUCCUUUUAGAAAUCGGUUUCAACUUGGUUUAUAACUGUGAUGAAACUGCCAAUCUGUACCACUGCCUUAUAGAUGCGGAUAUCCCUGUUAGUUACGUCACCCCUGCUGAUGUUAGAUCUUUUUUAAUGACCUUUUCUUCUCCUGACACUAAUUGCCACGUUGGGAAGCUGCCUUGUCGUCUCCAGCAGACUAACCUAAAGCUUUUUCAUAGUUUGAAACUUUUAGUGGAUUAUUGUUUCAAGGACGCAGAAGAAAAUGAGAUUGAAGUGGAGGGACUGCCCCUUCUCAUUACACUGGACAGUGUUUUGCAGACUUUUGACGCAAAACGACCCAAGUUUCUAACAACGUACCAUGAGUUGAUUCCAUCCCGCAAAGACUUGUUCAUGAAUACGUUAUAUUUGAAAUACAGUAAUAUUUUAUUGAACUGUAAGGUUGCAAAAGUGUUUGACAUCUCCAGCUUCGCUGAUUUGUUAUCCUCUGUGUUGCCUCGUGAGUAUAAGACCAAAAACUGUACCAAGUGGAAGGACAAUUUUGCGAGUGAGUCUUGGCUGAAGAACGCGUGGCAUUUUAUCAGCGAGGCUGUAAACGUGAAAGAAGAUCAAGAAGAAACACAACCAACAUUUGACAUUGUUGUCGAUACCCUAAAAGACUGGGCGUUGCUUCCAGGAACAAAGUUCACCGUUUCAGCCAACCAGCUUGUAGUCCCUGAAGGUGAUGUUCUGCUUCCUCUGAGUCUCAUGCACAUUGCAGUUUUUCCAAACGCCCAGAGCGAUAAAGUCUUUCACGCGCUCAUGAAAGCUGGCUGUAUCCAGCUUGCUUUGAACAAAAUCUGCUCCAAAGACAGUGCACUUGUUCCUCUGUUGUCCCGUCACACUGCAAACAUAGAGAGCCCCACAAGCAUUUUAAAGGCCGUACAUUAUAUGGUUCAAACAUCAACCUUUAGAACCGAAAAAUUAGUAGAAAAUGACUUUGAAGCACUUCUGAUGUAUUUCAACUGCAAUCUGAGUCACUUGAUGUCCCAAGACGACAUAAAAAUUUUAAAGUCCCUUCCAUGCUACAAAUCCAUCAGUGGUCGCUACAUGAGCAUCGCGAAAUUUGGAAUGUGCUAUGUACUCACAAAAAGUAUUCCUUCAGCUGAAGUGGAAAAAUGGACACAGUCGUCGUCAUCUGCAUUUCUUGAAGAAAAAAUACACCUAAAAGAACUCUAUGAGUUGCUUGGCUGUGUACCUGUAGAUGAUCUUGAGGUAUAUUUGAAGCACCUCUUACCCAAAAUUGAAAAUCUCUCUUACGAUGCAAAAUUGGAGCACCUGAUCUAUCUUAAGAAUAGGCUGUCAAGUAUUGAGGAACUGUCAGAGAUCAAGGAACAACUUUUUGAAAAACUGGAAAGUUUACUGAUAAUCCACGAUGCAAACAGUCGACUAAAGCAAGCGAAACAUUUUUAUGAUAGAACAGUGCGAGUUUUUGAAGUUAUGCUUCCUGAAAAAUUGUUUAUUCCUAAGGACUUCUUUAAAAAAUUGGAACAGCUUAUAAAGCCCAAAAAUCAAGCCACGUUUAUGACCUCCUGGGUGGAAUUCUUGAGAAACAUUGGACUAAAGUACAUCCUAUCUCAGCAACAGUUGCUGCAGUUUGCUAAGGAAAUCAGCGUGAGAGCUAAUACAGAAAACUGGUCUAAGGAAACACUGCAAAAUACAGUUGAUAUCCUUCUCCAUCACAUAUUCCAAGAACGAAUGGAUUUGUUAUCUGGCAAUUUUCUGAAAGAACUUUCUCUAAUACCGUUCUUGUGUCCUGAGCGGGCCCCUGCAGAGUUCAUUAGGUUUCAUCCUCAAUAUCAAGAGGUCAAUGGAACGCUUCCUCUCAUAAAGUUCAAUGGGGCACAAGUAAACCCCAAAUUCAAGCAGUGUGAUGUGCUCCAGCUCUUAUGGACAUCCUGCCCUAUUCUUCCAGAGAAGGCCACACCCUUGAGCAUCAGAGAACAAGAAGGUAGUGACCUUGGUCCGCAGGAACAGCUCGAACAAGUUUUAAGUAUGCUUAAUGUUAACCUGGAUCCUCCUCUUGAUAAGGUCAUUAAUAACUGCAGAAACAUAUGCAACAUAACAACAUUGGAUGAAGAGAUGGUAAAAACUAGAGCAAAGGUCUUAAGGAGCAUAUAUGAAUUUCUCAGUGCAGAAAAAAGGGAGUUUCGGUUUCAGCUGCGGGGUGUUGCUUUUGUAAUGGUGGAAGAUGGUUGGAAACUCCUGAAGCCUGAGGAGGUAGUGAUAAAUCUAGAAUACGAAUCCGAUUUUAAACCUUACUUGUACAAGCUGCCUUUAGAGCUUGGCACGUUUCACCAGUUGUUCAAACACCUAGGUACUGAAGAUAUUAUUUCAACCAAGCAAUAUGUUGAAGUGUUGAGCCGCAUAUUCAAAAAUUCUGAAGGAAAACAGUUAGAUCCUAAUGAAAUGCGCACGGUUAAGAGAGUAGUUUCCGGCUUGUUCAAGAGUCUGCAAAAUGAUUCGGUCAAGGUGAGGAGUGAUCUCGAGAACGUCCGAGACCUCGCGCUGUACCUUCCAAGCCAGGAUGGCAGACUGGUGAAGUCGAGCAUCUUAGUGUUUGAUGACGCGCCACAUUACAAAAGUAGAAUCCAGGGGAAUAUCGGCGUGCAGAUGUUGGUUGACCUUAGCCAGUGCUACCUAGGGAAGGACCACGGCUUUCACACUAAAUUGAUAAUGCUCUUUCCUCAAAAACUUAGACCUCGUUUACUGAGCAGUAUACUUGAAGAACAGCUAGACGAGGAGACUCCCAAAGUUUGUCAGUUUGGAGCAUUGUGUUCUCUUCAGGGAAGAUUGCAGCUACUCUUGUCUUCGGAACAGUUCAUCACAGGACUGAUUAGAAUUAUGAAGCAUGAAAAUGAUAAUGCUUUCCUGGCCAAUGAAGAAAAAGCCAUAAGACUUUGCAAAGCCCUAAGAGAAGGAUUGAAAGUGUCCUGUUUUGAAAAGCUUCAAACCACACUGAGAGUUAAAGGUUUUAACCCUAUUCCCCACAGCAGAAGUGAAACUUUCGCUUUUUUGAAGAGAUUUGGCAACGCGGUCAUUCUGCUAUACAUACAGCAUUCAGACAGCAAGGACAUUAACUUCCUGUUAGCAUUGGCAAUGACGCUGAAGUCUGCGACGGACAAUCUGAUCUCUGACACUUCGUAUUUAAUUGCUAUGCUAGGUUGCAAUGAUAUUUACAGGAUCAGUGAGAAACUUGACAGUUUAGGAGUAAAAUACGACUCUUCUGAACCAUCGAAACUUGAACUUCCGAUGCCCGGCACUCCAAUACCUGCUGAAAUCCAUUAUACUCUGCUUAUGGAUCCAAUGAAUGUUUUUUACCCGGGAGAAUACGUUGGGUACCUUGUUGAUGCUGAAGGUGGUGAUAUCUAUGGAUCGUACCAGCCAACGUAUACGUAUGCAAUUAUCGUACAAGAAGUUGAAAGAGAAGAUGCUGAUAAUUCUAGUUUUCUGGGAAAGAUCUAUCAGAUUGAUAUUGGUUACAGUGAAUAUAAAAUAGUUAGCUCUCUCGAUCUCUAUAAGUUUUCAAGGCCCGAGGAAAGCUCUCAAAGCAGAGACAGUGCCCCUUCUACACCGACCAGCCCUACCGAGUUCCUAGCCCCUGGUCUACGAACCAUUCCUCCUCUUUUCUCCGGCAGAGAGAGCCAAAAGACCUCAUCCUCGAAGCAUCCGUCCCCCAAAAAGCUCAAGGUGAAUUCUUUACCAGAAAUUUUAAAAGAAGUGACAUCAGUGGUGGAGCAAGCUUGGAAGCUUCCAGAAUCGGAAAGGAAAAAGAUUAUUAGGCGGUUGUAUUUGAAAUGGCACCCUGACAAAAAUCCAGAGAAUCAUGACAUUGCUAAUGAAGUUUUUAAACAUUUGCAGAACGAAAUCAACAGGCUAGAGAAGCAGACUUUUCUAGAUCAAAAUGCAGACAGAGCCUCAAGGCGAACAUUUUCAACCUCAGCAUCCCGAUUUCAGUCAGACAAGUACUCGUUUCAAAGAUUUUAUACUUCAUGGAAUCAAGAAGCAACGAGCCAUAAAUCUGAAAGGCAACAACAAAAUAAGGAAAAAAGCACACCUUCAGCUGGACAGACUUACUCUCAGAGGUUCUUUGUCCCUCCCACUUUCAAGUCAGUUGGCAAUCCGGUUGAAGCGCGUAGAUGGUUAAGACAGGCCAGAGCAAAUUUUUCAGCAGCCAGGAAUGACCUUCAUAAAAACGCCAAUGAAUGGGUGUGCUUCAAAUGUCACCUCUCUACCAAGUUAGCUUUGAUCGCCGCUGACUACGCUGUGAGAGGGAAGUCCGAUAAAGACGUAAAGCCCACCGCACUCGCACAGAAAAUAGAGGAGUACAGUCAGCAGCUUGAAGGACUGACGAAUGAUGUCCACACGCUGGAGGCCUAUGGCGUAGACAGUUUAAAAACAAGAUACCCUGAUCUGCUUCCUUUCCCGCAGAUCCCAAACGACAGGUUCACUUCUGAGGUUGCUAUGAGGGUGAUGGAAUGUACCGCCUGUAUCAUCAUAAAACUUGAAAAUUUUAUACAACAGAAGGUGUGA